AUGAAAUUGUUGUGGCUGAAAUUAAGAAAAAGUCCGGGAAAUAAUAAGCGGGCAAAUAAUAAAUUUCUAGUACUCUUUUUAUUGCAGUAUAAUGAAAAGGAAUUGAUUAUUGUUUCUUUCUACAAGAAACUUCUUAUUAUAAUUGCUUUUCUUUUAGCCUUUAAAAUUGCUGGAUUUUUGAUGAAAAAUUUUAAUGUGACUAUUAUAAGUUAA